AUGAAUGUAUUUGAUGUCGACCGUCUGAUUAAUCAGAUGGGAAAUUUUAUUUGUCAGAAAACGCAAGAGAAAGCCAAUGAGAUUCGCAUGAAAGGUCUGGUCAAGCUUUUUGAGACGGAUGUAGUGGUCGCAGUACGUGCCAAGGACGUGGAAGUUGCUGAGAUGGUCAAGGUGACGGUAAACAAGAUCGGUGACGGCAUGGUGCCGGACGCCAAGGCUGGUGAUGUUGUGCUAUACGCCAAGCAGGGCAAGGGGAUCGUGUGUGACAACACGCUGGACACGCGCCUGGAUCAGAUCUAUUACGAUUUGAAGCCAACGGUGCGCAAGAUGUUGUUCCCGACUCCGUAA